AUGCUCUUCUGUUCUAGCCAGGGAAUUGCUGGGGCCACAAUCUUUCAAUUCGAGGCCAAUGAUCAGCUUCGCGGCCUCAGAGAUAUUAUGGUCCAAAUAUUCCCUACCGAUCUGCAUACCGACCCCAAGCUGGGGGAACAAAGUUAUCUGGCCGCGAACGGAACGGCGAAGAAAUUGGGCCGUGGUAUGUGUAACUGCUGCUGA